UCCCUGGGCAACACAACAACAGGGGCAGCCCCAGUGGAGCUGGCCCCCAUGGGGGUUCCCAUACUGGCCCUUUUCCCCACCAGUGGAAACCGAGCAGCAUGGGCGAGCUGGGAUCCCCAUGGGGGUUGGGCAUAGCACGCCACAACAACAGCUUCCCCUGGGGUUGGCCUGUGAGCAGGUCUGGCAGCCCUCUGCCGGGACAGUGACAGGAGUGGGGGCUCAGACCUCCUGGCCUGUACCCCCUCCUGCGGAGGACACUGACCCUCUGGGCUCAGUUAGGGAUGGGGCUAUACCUUUCGGGGAGACGUCAGCCCCACUGGGCUUUCACCUGCUGCUGGCUACAAAGGAAAAAAUAUGGAAAGGGGAGUACGUCGACUUAUUCUCACUUCUAUACAGGGAGCCAGUUAGGAAGGAGAAGGAUAAGGGCGAAGAGGCAGAACCAGACAAGCCCAAGAGGCGGCGCAUAGAACGCACUUGAGCAAAUUGGUUGCCUGCAUUUCUCACAUACAUGGGGGUGGUGAUGCAGAAACAGCCACAGAGGGGCCCCAUUCUUAUUAAAUACCUCGAUAUCGUAUAUCGGGGCUACUCUGAGUUCCAGGGGGCAGCAUGGCUCGCCUAUGACGAGGCGUUUCGUAUGAGGGCGGCCUUUGAUACUUCCCUCCCCUGGGACAAAAAGGAAGCAGACCUGUGGCUACAGUUCAUGUCACACUCCAAGCCCAUAGCCGGGGAUAGAACAGACAGCGGCCAUCUCUUGGCCCGCCAGGCUGCAGCAGCUCCUUCCCGCGGGCCUGCGGGGCAGGGGGUUCAACCCCGCCUGCUCUGCUGGGAGUUCAGCUCCCGAGGCCACUGUGGUGGUAACCCCUGCAGGUUCCGACACGAGUGCGCAAUAUGCGGGGGUCCGCACUCCUGUGCUGCCUGCCCCAGGGGCCGCCCCUUCAGAGGGGGAAACAGGGACCCAGCUGGCGCUAGGAGACCAGGAGCUGCUAGCGCAGCUCAAGGAAAAGGGCCCCAGUCCAGUUAAACUCCCUGAACUCCAGCGCUUGCUCUGCCUUUACCCUCGAGUCCAAGACGCCCAGUUUUUACUCCAGGGCUUUACAGAGGGCUUUCGAGUCCCCUAUUCAGGUCCCAGGCACCCCUUUAUGUCCCGCAACCUCAAAUCCGUGGUGGCCAUGGAAUCUGUCGCUGGGGAAAAAAUUGGAAAGGAGGUCAUGGCAGGCCGCGUUGUGGGCCCCUUUACGGCUCCACCCAUCCCUUCACUCAGAGUUUCCCCACUGGGCCUCGUUCCCAAGAGGGCACCAGGCGAAUUUCGCCUUAUACACCACCUGUCUUUUCCCCAGGGCGGGUCAAUAAAUGACUUCAUCCCAUCAGACCUCUGCUCUGUACGCUACACGUCAUUUGACUGUGCGGUUCGUAUGGUUAGGGACUGUGGGAUUGGCGCCCUCAUGGGAAAGUGUGACAUAAAAUCAGCCUUCCGUCUCCUCCCUGUGCACCCGGGGGACUUCGAGCUGUUAGGCUUUGCCUUCAUGGGCAAAUACUAUGUGGAUAGGGCAUUGCCUAUGGGCUGCUCCAUCUCAUGCUCGGUUUUUGAGCGCUUCAGUUCUUUCUUGGAGUGGGCAGUCAGGAGACGGGGAGGCCGGCAAUCAGUGGUGCACUAUUUGGACGACUUCCUGUUUGCGGGCCCUGCAGACUCGGGCGCCUGUCAGGCAUUUAUGGAGCAGUUCGCAGGGAUGGCCGGGGAACUGGGUGUUCCCCUCGUGGCUGAGAAAACGGAGGGCCCGUCCACCACCCUCACUUUUCUAGGCAUAGAUAUUGAUACAGUAGCCCAAUGCUGCAGGCUCCCGCCGAACAAGCUGGUGGCCCUUAAGGGAAAAAUCUCGGAGGUGGUUGGGGCAAAGAAGGUGACAUUGGCCACUCUUCAACAGCUGGCAGGCCAUAUGAAUUUUGCAUGCAGGGUGGUAUCACCCGGGCGCGCAUUCUUGCAGCGCGUGUACGAUGCCAUGGCGGGACUCUCACACCCCCACCAUCACACACGUGUUACGGCCGCCCUCCGGGAGGACCUGACAGUUUGGUCCACCUUCCUGCGGGAAUUCAAUGGGGUCUCAUUAUGGAGAAGGGAUCGCCUGUUGGAAGCAGAGCUACAGGUUUGCUCCGACGCCUCAGGUUCCUGCGGCUUUGGGGUCAUUUUCCAUGACUCAUGGUGUCAUGGCAGCUGGCCACAGAGCUGGGCGCAGUCUGGCCUAACCAGAGACCUGACCUUUUUGGAGUUCUUCCCCAUUGUCGUGGCUGUACACCUGUGGCCCGACAAGCUGGGCAAUUCCUCAGUCCACUUUUGGUGCGACAACCUCCCUACGGUGCAUGUCAUCAACACCCUGUCCUCUAGAAACCCCAACGUUAUGCAUCUGGUUCGAGUGUUCGUGCCCCAAUGUCUCCACUACAACAUACAGUUCCUUGCACGCCAUGUCCCGGGUAUUGAUAAUAGUAUUGCUGAUGCUCUAUCACGGAACCAGAUGGAGAGAUUUCACCAGCUGGCGCCGUGGGCGAAGGCUCAGCCGGACGUGGUACCAACAGCGCUAUGGGAGAUUGGAGGACCGAAUCAGAACGGGCCAUAAGCCUGUCUGUGGCACCCAGCACUUUGGCCAGCUACCAAGGGGCAGGCUGCUGGGAAAGAUCGGAGCCAGUGAACAUCCUCCUCUGUGGCCACAGUAUGAUUUUCUGGGCAGGCCGCAAGGCGGCAAAGUCCCGCAUUGGAACGCAGCUGGGGCUCAGUCAGUGGGCCUCUGUGCGGUGGCUGGGACGCCGGGGGAUGCGCUGGGACGGUCUCCUGCCUACCUUGUUCCAGUUGGCUGUUGACCGGGAGGUGCCCCAGGUGCUGGUCAUACACCUGGGAGGUAACGACCUGGGUUUGUUGAAGGGCAAGGCCCUAAUCGAACAGGCAUGUAGUGACCUCCAGGCCAUUGCGCUGCGUGCACUUGGUAUGGUCUGACAUCCUGCCGCGCAGGACGUGGAAUUGGGCUGGCAACCCACGGGGAAUGGACAAGGCUCGGAAGAAGGUUAAUAGACAGAUUCAGAAGGACAUCAAGGGCCUGAGGGGUUCCACAAUACACCACCCAGAGAUCAAGCACGAUAGGCUGGAGUUAUUUAGGCCAGAUGGAGUGCACUUGACUGACGGGGGCAAUGACAUCUUCCUGAUGGACCUGCAGAGGGGUGUGCACCGGAUUCUUAUCGGGUGUGGG